GCAAUUAUCUGGAGUGGGUGGGGUUUUCUAGGAUCAACCCCCUGCUGCACUUUCCUCAUUCAUCCACCAGGGCUUAAUGGGGAAUUAAGGAAUCCAUGUGUAACUGAUAAUAACUGUAGCUACACUUCAAUGACCACCUAUUAGUUGUCCCUGGCACUGCUUAUACAGAUGUCUAUCAAAUACAUCAAUGAGGUAGAUAUUGUCUUCAUUUUAUAGAUCAGAGAAAAUUGGAGUUCAGAGAGCUGAUGUGAUUUUCCCAGGGUCACAGAGAGUCCCAGAUUCAGGCACAACCCUUGUAUUCCAAGACACAAGCACUACAUGUCCAAAGACUGCCCAGAGCCACCAGCAAAUUGUGACAUAUCCCUAUAGAGGCUGAGCACCUGGUCAGGGUCUGGUCGCCAAUAGUGUGUCCAGAUGCAGAACCGGAGUGAGGGAGGGGAAAGGAGGCUCCUUGGGACAGAGAAGGCUUUCUGUGCUCUCUCUGAAGGGAGCAGUCCGAGGACCCAGGGAACCAGGCCCUCCUGGCUGGAGAGGGCUGUGGCAAUGGAAAAUCAGUGCCAACUGCAGUGAGUCAGCCUAGGUUAAAUAGAGUAACCUAUGUAAGAGUGCUGGACAGGAACCUUUCCCCCCAUGACACAUUUCUUCAGUGUGACCUUCUGGCCCCUCUCCUCCUGACAGCAGAAUGAUGACUGCCCUGAUCGGUGAGGCUGGAGGAAGAAUCAGUCCUGUCCUUGGCAAGCUCUUCACUAUUAUAGUAAAGGCCCUCUCCCUGCUCCCAAGGCCUGUGACUUUCUAACCUGGCCUCACGCUGGGUAAACUUAAGGUAGAGGUGCAGGAUUAGCAAGCCCACCUGGCUACCAGGCCAACAGCUACAUGCUCCAACUGACCCUGAUGAAUGAAGAGGGACUCGUGUCUGUGUCAGUUGGUUCCAAAUGAAGCCAGGGAGUGGGGCGUUAGGAAUCAAAACCCUCAAGCUCCAACAGGAUGGUACUUAAUGGGGAAUCUGAGUGGAGAGGUAGGUGACAUAGUGCUUUGGAGCCCAGGGAGGGAAAGGUUCUGUUGAAGUUGAAUUCAAGGCUGUUUUGUCUUUCAUCACCAACUUGAGUUUCCUGGACAUUUGUUUGCAGAAACAACCGUCAGGUUUUGCCUUAACCUUGUGGGUUUAUUAUUACCUCAUAGUGACUUUGCCUCCUGAUGGCAGUUUAUCUUAGUGCUCACUGUGGCACUUGAGUUUUCUUGCAUAGUUGUUAGAGAAACCAAGUUUGUCAUCAACUUCUUAUUUAACCCACUGGCUAUAACUUCAUCGAUUAUAAGCAAGCCAUCCGGAGUAAAAUCUGUUUAGAUUAUCUUGGAGUAAGGGGGAAGAAUCUGUCAUUUUUUCUCCUCAACUAGGUAUAUAAAUAAAAAAUGAUUUUUUUGCUUCAUUUAAAAAAUAUAACGCAAAGUCUCUUUUGCUUCUGAGGGCCUUCAGUAUGUAAUAACAAGAGCUAAUGUUGAACACAAGCCAUUGCCAGGUACUUAAACUGUCUCACUUAGUCUUGCCAACCUAAGCAAGUAGAUGCCAUUACUAUUCCCAUUAUAUUGAUGAAAAAAUGAGGUUGAGAAAGGUUCAGCCACACAACCAAAUACAUAGUGGAUCCAGGGUUUGGUCCCAAGUCUGAGUCCAAAACCCUGGUUCUUACCAUUACUGUGGUUCUGUAGGGGUGAAAAAAUUUUUCUUCUAAUCUCUUAGGUUCAGGGCCUGGGGCCUGAGAGUUAAACUGACAAAGACAGACUAAUGGAAGACAAAGUUUAUUACGCAGUAGUGGAUGAAAAAUCAGACACUCAUUUCUCAGACUUCUUUGCUGUGGGCCCGGCCAGUGAGGCAAUGAGUUCUGGCUCGCUCCCUACUCUGGAUGAGGGUAUGCUGGGAUGUGACAACGGGAGCCAGGAGCGUCGCAGAGCCAGAGCGAGGCGGUGGGUAGAGUCGAGGGACCGGAGGCGAGCCGAGGCGAGGCGAGGCCGAGGGCGUGGCUUUCUCACUGUGGGGCUUGGUCUGCCGCCGGUGGGCGGGGCCACGUUCCGGGACGUGGUCGUCCGAGCUUUGGAACCCCGCCUGUUCGGGGCGGGGCUGAGGCGAAAGGGUGGGGCCGCGCUCCGUCGGGGCGGGGCUUGUGGAACCUCGAAACCCCGGCGACUCGGGGCCUGAGCGCGCGUCUCCCGGCGCGGGGUUCCUCCCACGCAGACCCUCAUUCAAACGAUGCCAAAGGGGCGGCGCGGCAGCCACAGCCCCACCAUGAGCCAGCGGUCGGCCCCGCCCCUCUAUUUCCCGUCCCUGUACGACCGCGGCAUCUCCUCGUCCCCGCUCAGCGACUUCAACAUCUGGAAGAAGCUCUUCGUGCCGCUGAAGGCGGGCGGGGCGACAGUGGGCGGGGCGGGGGGGGCCCGGUCCCUGCCCCAGGCGCCCCCCGCCGCGGCGCCCCCGCCCCCGCCACCACCCGGCCUGGGUCCGCCCGGCGAGCGCCCCUGGCCCUCGCCCUGGCCCUCUGGCCUGGCCUCCAUCCCCUACGAGCCUCUGCGCUUCUUCUACUCGCCGCCGCCGGGGCCUGAGGUGGCUGUCUCGCCCCUGGCCCCCCGCCCCUCGACCCCCAGGCUCGCCUCUGCCUCCCACCCCGAGGAACUGUGCGAGCUGGAGAUCCGGAUUAAGGAGCUGGAGCUGCUCACCAUCACUGGGGACGGCUUCGACUCCCAGCGCUAUACAUUCCUGAAGGCGCUAAAAGACGAAAAGUUACAAGGACUGAAGACCAGGCAACCUGGAAAGAAGUCGGCCUCUCUCUCCUGAGGAGCUGCCCACCAGAGCUUGGGCAGCCACCUCCUUAGGUGUUAGUGCUUAGAUAAUGUGUCCCAUUUGUUGUCAUUUCAAAGAUGGUUAUUUUCUGUUCUGUAUUUACCGCUAUUCUUGUUGCUACCAGCAUGUACUUCACAUACAGUGCCCGCUUUGCGUGGUAAAUCUCAUGGUCUCUCCUCUCUAUGUGCUGCUGAGUGAGCUCUCUCAUGAUGUCUAGAAGCUGCUGCCCAGCCAGCAUUCAAGGUCUCCCGAGAGAGCGGGGAGGGAACCCCCAACACUGUCAUAGUCAUGCAAACCAGAACGACAGAUUAUCAGGAAGGAAUUGGCAGAAACCAAGAGCAAUAUAUCUAUAUUGGUUCUACUGCUGUGUCUCUGCUCACAAAGGUUCUUUGAGGACUGGAAUAGUGGGGGUUUGGUGUGUGGGAGUGUGUUUUUUUUCCCAAACAUAUUUACUCCUUGGAA